CAGUAAAACCAGUUGGUCGGGAACAGUUGCCGGGAGAAGUCUCUGUCUUGAACACAAGACUGCGGGCUCAUCCACAGCCAGAAAAACUAAAUUGCGAUAGCUUUUAAUGCAAUCCGACGUAAUCGUGAUAAAAGAUACUGGUGAUAUCUAAUUCGACUAAUAACAACUUAUUCAGCUCUCAUUAGUCCUUUGGAAGCGAAAAACAAGUGAUAUGUCCCAUGUGAUAAGAUACAAGAGCCAACUAAUCUAGAGUGAGACCACAAACACAGAGAGUUGGAGGCGGUAAGCUCCAGGGUAGCCGAGUCCUUAUAGUGAAGCACACUUGACUAUGUUUGUGGAAAGUAAUUAGCUGGAAUAGCAGAGAUUCCGAGUGCUGCGCCUUGGCGGAGUUUAACAGAUGAGUGCAAAGAAAAGUUUUUGUACUAACAACCGAACUGAAGUUCCAAAGAAAACGAGAAGGUUAUUAAAAAUAAAAGGACAAAAUGAAAAAAAUGAUCGCCGAAAAAUCGAAGCCCAGCAAAGAGGAACCACCAGUGGACGGCAGGCUGGUAUGCGUGCAAGACUUCGCGACGGCGGCAGCCGCCAGACUGCCGCUCAUGGCCCUCGACUACUACAGAUCAGGAGCAACCUCGCAAGUCACGCUCAUCGAAAACCGCCGUGCCAUGAGAAGAUGGUACAUUCUACCGCGCCUGUUGCGCGACGUGUCUACCCGCAGCCUCGGCACAAGCGUCUUCGGGCACUCGUUGCAGCUCCCAAUAGCAAUUGCACCCACAGCCUUGCAAAAGAUGGCUCAUCCUCUGGGCGAGUGCGCUUCAGCGUCAGCGGCUGGGCGCCACGGAACAGUGUUCACACUGAGCACCAUAGCCACGAGCAGUAUUGAAGAAGUCGCCCGCAGUGCGCCUAACGCAAUCAAGUUCUUCCAGCUCUACAUUUACAGAGACAGGUCGCUGACGGAGAAGUUGGUGGAGCGGGCGAAGGCAGCAGGCUUCAAGGCAAUCGUGCUUACAGUCGAUGCGGCAACAUUUGGUAUCAGAAGGGCUGAUAUUCGCAACAACUUCAACCUACCACCUCACCUCAAGUUGGCCAACUUUGAGAGCACUUCAGACGAAGGAACUCUGGGUGACCGAGGGACUGGUAAUUCUGGUAUCAAUGAGUACGUCAAGGACAAUUUCGAUGCCGGCAUCACGUGGCAAGACCUGAAGUGGCUCAUCAAUGUGACGACGCUGCCUGUUGUGGUGAAGGGGAUCCUGACUUCGGCUGACGCGAGCCUCGCUCUACAAGCUGGAGUAGCUGCGGUGUGGGUGUCAAACCACGGCGCACGCCAGGUCGAUGGCGUUCCCCCUACGAUCGAAGCCUUGCCCCACGUGGUGGCAGAGGUAAACGGCCGGUGCCCGGUGUUCGUGGACGGCGGCUUUACUGAUGGAUCGGACAUUUUCAAAGCUCUGGCGCUGGGAGCAUCUCUCGUUUUCAUUGGUCGACCGGUGCUGUGGGGACUCGCGUGCGCAGGAGAGCAGGGAGUCUACCAAGUGAUCGAGAUCCUCAAGCGGGAGCUUGAUAAUGUCAUGACAAAUUCAGGCUGCAGAACGCUGAGCGACAUCACCCGAGACAUGGUCGUGCGAAGAGACCAAUUCUCGAAGCUGUAGCAGAUAACAUGGGCACCACCGCAUCGAAUUAAUAAAUAUUACAAUGAAAAGAUUGUUUGCUGUGAAAACAAAAAAUGCAAUGAAGUUCUGUCAACAUAUAGAAUUAGAAAGUUUAGCAGUGAGAUAAUUAUGCUGCGCUUUAUGUUCCCCGGUUGAAUUUAUUUUGUUCGAGAAAAUAGUUAAUGUUAUAUCUCAAGCAAUAAAAUGUUAGAAUGAUG